AUGUUGGUCUUUAAAAGGAGCUUUUUCGUUUCAGCGAAAUAUUUUAGAGCACUUGACAAGAAUUUGCUAUUAUCAUAUAAGAAGCUAUUCUCUGAUCCAUGUUUCAAUGAGUUGAGAAGGCGAUUACCAAACAACGUCGAGGAACUAGAGCCAUAUCUACUAUCUAAGAGUUUAGAACCAAUUUUGGAGACCUCAUCGUUACCGAAAGAACAACACUCUGUUAUUCAUAAUAAGAUAAUUGAAGAGUUAACUAAAUAUGAUUUUGGAAUUGCCACAAUGCAUUCCAAACAACUGAAAAAAAUUAAUCAGCCUCUAUCCAUUAAUUCUUUUAUAGAGAUUAUUAAAAAUAACCCAGGUAGAGUAAGCAGUUCUUGGGAAUUAUUCUGUAAAUAUUACGCCGAGUUACCAAACAUCCCAGAUUCCAUACUUACUACCCUUCUGGAGAAGGUGAUCACAUUCGAUGCGGCCGACCUGGAAGAUGAGAAGAAGACAAUGGAUGUUUCUGAUGUUGCCCACAGUCUGAUUAUACUUGACAUGAUCGCUUCUAAAGAUUCUGUAAAACCGGAGUUGCUGGAGAAGCUAGCACUUGCUAUGCUUGACAAAAACAUUUCGUAUACUUUGCCUUUAGUUCUGAAGUAUGUCCCAAUAACAAUUCUCAUGAAAAAAGUAGGCGAACUCACAGCUAGUCAAUAUUAUUGGGUGGCAAAGUCCUACUCUUUUGAUGAAUAUAAAGACGAUAAACAGCUACUGUUGAGACUCCUUAAGAGUAUUGGGGAAAACACCAAUAUCAAACUUUCAGCUGAUGAAUUGGAGGCUAACAAAUUGUUAAAUGACCUAUUACAAAGCGAAGGCAGCCUGAUUUUGAAAGAACCAUUUGCCCAAAAUAUUGAGAUAAGGGAAACCAUAUUAACUACAAAUCUUUUUAAUGACCUUAUGGACAACAUUCAAAAGGAAAACUUAGAUACAACUGAAAUUUUAUUUGCAAAAUCCAUUUUACGGAUUUUAGGUAUGUACCGGAAUGAUGUACCAUCGUUUUUUGAUUUCCAUGAGAUUUACCUCUCCAAGUUCCCAGAUCAUUUGGAGGAACUAAUGUUUGAAACUUUCAAGGUAUUGGCCUUCCAGAGUUAUAGAACGUCCAACGAGUCGUUAUUGCAAUAUGCGGAAGCGUUCUGCGAAAAUAUUAAAUCACCAAAAAUGGUCAUUACAAUGUUACGUGUGUUAAUACUAGCAAAUGCGAAGUUUGAUGUUGCCAAAUCUCUUGACCUUUACAAUUCAAAGAUCCAAACAUUGAGUAGAGAAAAAGACGACGUUACUGGCAUGGCACCUAGUGAUUUAGUCACACAAUCGUUGAUUUUAGCGUACUUGUCUAAACAAGACAUCGACUUUGCUCGUGUAAUAUUUGAUGGUGCAGUAGGAGAGCGGGUUAUAACGGGUCUUCCAUCGGUAACUGAGAUUAAGAAACUUAUGGCUAAAUAUGGAGAUGCUGUUGAGAAUGGGGACGUGAAAGAAAUCGUAGAUGAAGAAAUUUUGGCUUUAUUAAAGACGAUAUGA